AAUGCGAUAAUAAAUAAUUUCUUGCCAUUUACUGUGGCACAAGCCUCGCUAGGGCUAGCACUCUGUAGACAUGGCGUAUAGGUUCCUACGCGAGGGCCUAUACACACGCCGACAGCCGCUACGCCGCAAUGGAUUCACUCCAUUUAUUGAGGACUUGAUGUGGGAGGCUACUGAUUGGCAUUAUCAGCAUUAUAUGCGUCGUGUUGCAAGGGCAUCUUUGCUUACACAUCAGGAAGGCAUUGAUGCGAUUGUGGAUACAUUUCGCAAAUGUAGUAAAGGUGGUUUGGCUAAAGGAACCGACCGUCUUUUUUUUCGUAUUGCAACUCCUAACAUUGUUCCUUACCGCCGGCAAACGAAUCCAUUCUGCCAGCGUUCGAACAACGGCACUGGUUGGCAAUUAUAUCAUCGUCAGCUUGAACGUCAUCCAAGACCUUACCGAUCACGUCAGCUUGGCGGUACCGAUUUAACGGUACCUGUGAUGCCGAAACACUGAACUAUAUCUAUUUA